CUCAGGAGCUGCUACCAGUCACUGUGUACUCUUCUCGCCACAAAUAAAGCGCACUCUUGAGGAAAGGACAAAAGAAGACAAAGACCAAAAGCAGAGCUUCAAUUUGACUUCAAAGAUGCCUCAGCUACUGCGAAAUAUUCAUGGAAUCAUUGAGGCCUUUGGGCACUACGCCAGGACGGAAGGCAGCUGCACAGCUCUUACCCGGGGGGAGCUGAAGAGACUGCUGGAGCAUGAGUUUGCUGAUGUCAUAGUGAAACCGCAUGAUCCAGCCACUGUGGAUGAAGUUCUGCGCCUGCUGGAUGAAGAUGAGACAGGGACUAUAGAAUUCAAAGAAUUCCUAGUCUUAGUGUUUAAAGUUGCCCAAGCCUGUUUUCAGACAUUAAGUGAGACUGUCAGAGGAGCUUGCAGAUCUCAAGAGUCUGGGGGCCAGCACACUGGGUUCUCAAAAGAGCUGAGGCAAGGUCAGAGAAGUGGCACUGAAGUGGGACAAGAUAGAAAGGGACAGCAUCACGAAGGAAGCAGUGCUGGGCAGAGUGAGCAGGCUUCUCAACAGCAAGGAAGCACUGGGAUUCAGAUCAGCAUCCAUGACAGGCAGGCCAAUACCCACGGACAGGUGCAGGUGAGCCAGCAGACACGAGGAAGCAGUUAUGUGGAGCAGACCCAGAAAGUGGGAGACAAUGCGAGUCAUCAGAUAAGAGACAGGAGGUCGGAGAGACAGUCACAGACCAGCAAACAGACAGGUGAGAUCAUGCAUGGAACCAAAUCACAGAAACAGACAGGCACAACCCAGACUGUGGAACAGGAUAGACAUCACCAAACAGGAAGUGCCAGCAUCCAAACACAAGGCUCUGCCUAUGGCCAUACCAGACAGGCUGAGGCCCAUAAUCAAGACAAGAGCGAGAUCAGCCAGGUUGUGGCAGGAGGACACAUCAAAGCACAGGCAGGAUCACAUAAUCAGACUCAAACACAAACUACAGAACAAGACAGGAGCCAUCAGAUAGGAAGCACCAGCAUCCAGACACAGGGGUCUUCCCAUGGCCAGAUAAAAGGAACUGGGUCCAUUGGUCAAGACAAAAACCAGACCAGUGAGGUUGUGAAAGGAUACAUGCAGUCACAGGCAGGGUCAUACAGCCAGACUGUGGAACAGGACGGGAAUCAGACUUCAAGUCAUGGAGGGAACAGAGGUCAGGGACAGACCCACAUGCAGUCAGGCAGUAGCCAAAGAUGGACAGAAGUAAGUGAGACAGGACAUUCAGGCCUAGAAGGACAAGCUCAGACUGGGGCAAGCACUGGGACAGGAAAACAGCAUCAGAGCAGCACUCGACCAAGUAUAACUGGAAGGCAGGAGAGAGAGCCCACAGAGGUGAGAGAGGAGUGGGUCAAUGACCACACAAGAGAAGUAGUGAUCCACAGCAAGGACCAGGACAGCUCACACACCAGCGCUCCUUCAGUGCAGGGCUAGGAGGCAGUGCAGCCGUGGAGAAGGAAGUAUCACCACAGCCAAGACUGUAUUCUCCAUGAAAGCCAACAAGCCAAGACUCUGUCUGACUCUGGUGCCCCAUACUAGGGGACAGCCAGAGAGGUGUUGGCACAUCCUUGGACAUGAGCUUUUAAUUAUGAUGCUUCCACUUUAUUUCUUUCUCAAAGAGAAUAUUUCUGUAAGGUGCUUGCUCUCUUAAAUGCCCCUCUCUUAAGUGGCUUUGUUGUGCAAACUCUCAAAAACUGGGAAAAGUCAACCAUUUCUGUUGAGCUCUCAGCUCGUAAGGGUCUUUAAAGCUACUUUUAUCUGCCAUCUGUCUGUCAUCCACCUACGCUAAUGCAACAAUAAAGUUUUCUUAAGCAAUUUA